AUGCUACCACUAGCAGCUAUAAAUGAUUGGGAACUCUGCCAUCUUGAUAUAAACAAUGCUUUUCUGUAUGGAGAAUUAGAAGAGGAGAUUUACAUGAAUAUACAUCCUGGGCUGUCUGUUGAGGGGGUCGAAUGUGAACCAGGGACCAAACUUGUUUGUAGACUUAAGAAAUCUUUAUAUGGUCUCAAACAAGCUUCAAGACAAUGGUACUUAAAGCUAUCUAAAGUUUUGAGUGGAUUUGGGCAUCAACAGUCAGCCUCAGACCAUUCAUUCUUCUUUAAGAAAGAUAGUGCGGGAUUCUUUGGCAUAGUAAUCUAUGUAGAUGAUAUCUUGGUAGCCACAAAUGACAGAAAGAAGAUUGAAAGUUUCAAGGAAUUCUUGGCUCAGCAUUUUAAGUUCAAAGACUUAGGCACUCCUAAAUAUUUUCUGGGAUUGGAAAUUGCUAGAAGCAAAGAUGGCAUUCUUGUAUCUCAGAGAAAAUAUGCUAUGGAUUUAUUGAGAGAUGCUGGUUUGUUAGGCUGCAAGCCAUCUUCACUCCCUAUGGAUCCCUCAAAGCAACUGGGACAAGAUGCAGGAGAAGUAAUGAAAGAGUCUUCAAAAUAUAGAAGAUUAAUUGGGAGACUUCUAUAUUGUUGCAUCACAAGACCAGAUAUAACAUUUGUUGUUCAUAAACUUAGUCAAUAUGUUUCUAAACAUUGUGAAGAACAUUGGAUUGCAGCUGAGAAAACACUGAGAUAUGUGAAAGGGACACCAGGACAUGGAUUGUUUCACUCCAGAAAAUUAGAGCCUUCCUUAAGCAUAUUAUCAUAUGCUGAUUGGGCAGCUUGCCCAGACACUAGAAGAUCAAUGACAGGAUAUUGUUUGUUUCUGGGAACUUCUUUGAUAUCAUGGAGAGCUAAGAAACAGCAUACUAUAUCAAGAUCCUCAGCACAGUGUUGUUAA